GCUGCAGUUGUUGGUGGUACGGUUUCAGGAGUUCUAGUGGCUGGAGGCAUCAUUGUUCUAUGCAUUAUUGGGCUGUGCUUCAGAAAGAAAAUUGCUAGGAUGGUUUUGUUGUGGGUUUCAAUAGAUGAGGUUGAUUCAUCUCUAAAGAGAAGUGGCAUUGGUGCACUGUAUGUUGAUACCGAGCAUACUUACUACUCAUGCACUGAAGAAAAUGUAGAAACAAAAAAAAGGGAAAAGAAAUACAAACUACAGAAAUGUACAUAUGACAGAAAAUUAGUUAAAGAUUUUCGUUGUGACAGCUUUGUUCGUGGAAUUGGACAGAGUCAAGGUUUCAUAUACGUCUUAUAUUCCAAGCCCGAUUCACAUUUGGUUAAAUUAACCAAAGAUCUUAAAUUUGUUAAAAAAUACCAAACAAAUAUUGUAAGGAUUUUGUGAGGCAUUUGGAAUGCUUGUGACCUCAGAGAAUGUGCUUGUUUGUGCAAGGAGAAAUAGUUAGACAUCUGUGUUUUGGAUCUAAACUUUGAAUCUUGCUACAAUUUGUCACUAAAAAAAUUUGGCCC